AUGCCUGCUGGCAACCGGAAGCCAGUCAAGGAUGCUGAUGGGCGCCUGCCGAGGCCAGCACCCAAGCUAAAGCCCCUAGACCGCCUAAAGCGCCUAUCGUUGGGCGGCGGGGGCCUCGAGAGCACCUAUUCUGACGUCCGGAUGGCAGAUCCCAGCAACAGUCGCUACGCCAAACAAGCCCACCCCGGCGCCAAAAAUCCCCGAACUUCUAGACAUUUCGAUCAAGAACUUGAACAUGACCGCAGCCUGACUCGGAGCCCGCCUUUGCCUGCACCAGAAAGUAAUCAACCCAAAUUUUCACCACAGCCAAAUCAGGGUCAAAUCCAGACACACAACAGAAAGCCUCGGAGUCAGCCUCAAGGACAGAUUCAGAGAUCGAGAGAAGACUUCAGGAACCCACGGCAGCCCUCGCAUGCUGCCAGUGCCAGUACCACAUCCCAGCAGCAGCCUCCCUUCACUCCCACCACGGCCGCUGCCACUCCCGCCCACAGAAUUCCAUCUCCAUCUCCAUCACCAUCAACCGGCAAACUGACCUCCAAAGCCCGUUCCACAUCUUACACCACUCCCCUCCCGCUUUUUCAAGCCGACGAGUCAAAGCUUAAGUCGGGAAAAGCGGCUCCUUUGACUGAACAAAAUCUUCGGUCCCAUCUACGCUCGUUGAAUUCCUCACCUUCAAUAAGUCAUCGUCCGAAUUUUGGUGAGGCUCCUGCCGCGCCCCCACCAUCUUUUCCAAGGCCUGUGCCUGUGUCAUUUUCUGCACCUGCGCCCCAGGCUGCGGCUUUCCCGACCACUAGUCACACUCAGACAUCUACCGUCACUUCUGGCAUGCGGAAGUCCAGGUCUCCGAAAAAACACGACAAGGACAGAGAAAAGGACAAGAAGAAAUCCAAACACGAUCCAAACACCCACCCUCUAAAUCUUCCUCCUGAUCAGCGGCGUCAAUUUGUCACGGCUCAGAUGGCACGUCAAGAGGCCGAGGCCGGUCGUUCUUCAAUGUCGAUGGACAGAGAUCUUUCCGAAGCCUCAGAACAAACUUUUGUCAAUGGCGCUUCGCCGCCUGCCACUCCAUCCAAAGAGGCUCCAGGCGCAUUCCCUGACCAUGCCAGCGAUCACAGCACAGAUGGAACCAAUGCUUCAGAUGAGCGAAGUCCGACUCCUCCACCACAUAAAGUCACUCCGGUGAAGGUCGACCCGGAAGCGUCCAAAGCCGCUGGCAACAAAUUCUUCAAGGCCAAGGACUAUGAGCGGGCGAUAGUCGAAUAUACCAAGGCCGUUGAUGCAGAACCCUCCAACCCUACAUAUCUUUCCAACAGAGCCGCAGCCUACAUUUCCGCAAACAAAUACAGUCAAGCUUUAGGCGAUUCAUUACAAGCGAGCAGAUUAGAUCCCAAGAAUGACAAAAUUCUACAUCGACUCGCACGCAUCUAUACUUCACUAGGUCGGCCACAAGAUGCACUGGAUACAUACGCCAAAAUCCCCCAUGCCUCUGCCACAGAUACUUCCGCCGCAACCAAAGCACUGACUUCGAUAAGAGUUGCUGAGGAUCAAAUCAAUGCUGAGGAAGGCAAUGGAAAUAUGGCUUUGUGGAGUAUCGACCAGGCCAAGCAAACACUAGGUGCAGGCACUCCCACUCCAAGACGAUGGCAGAUUUUGAGAGCCAAAGCAAAUUUGAAAAUUGGCUCAGCCAAUGCACUCGGCGAGGUGCAAGCAAUUUCCCAGGCUUUGAUGCGGGAGAAUCCUAUGGAUGCCGAAGCGAUAGUACUUGCAGGCCGCGCAUUUUAUCUCAAAGACGACAAGCCUCGACAGGGCAAGAGCGACUAUGAGCGUGCCGAGGACUACUUCCGACAGGCACUGAGUUUGGACCCCGACAAUGCAGAUGCACGAAAUUCUUUGCGGACCAUGAAGAAACUGGAUCGGGCCAGAACAUCCGCUAACGAUAUGUUUAAACGGGGGAAAUAUUCUGAUGCCGUGGUUGGAUAUACCGAUGCCUUGACAAUUGAUUCAGCAAACAAAGUCACCAAUGCCAAAUUAUUGGGAAAUCGAGCACUGGCAAGAAUAAAGAUCAAGGAGUACGAGGAGGCACGAUCUGAUUGUGAUUUAGCACUCAAACUGGAUCCAACCUACUCCAAAGCGAAACGCACUCGCGCAAAAGCCACUGGGGAGUCUGGUGAUUGGGAGCAGGCUGUGAAGGAUCUCAAAUCCAUGGCUGAGGAGAAUCCAGGUGACGGAGAACUCAACAAGGAAUUACGCAAUGCGGAACUGGAGCUUAAGAAGUCCAAACGCAAGGAUUACUACAAGAUUCUGGGUGUUGACAAGGACGCUGGUGACAAGGAUAUUGAGCGGGCAUACAAGCGAAAAGCUGCCGUGCUGCAUCCAGAUAAGACGAUGGGAGACAAGAAAAAGGAGGAAGAAUUCAAGGACUGUCUCGAGGCCAAAGAAACGCUGCUUGACCCUCAAAAACGGCACAUGUAUGAUUCUGGUGCCGAUCUGAUGGAACCUGGUAUGGGAGGUAUGGGUGGCGGUUUCCCUGGUGGUAUGGGAGGUAUGCACGGAUUUGGUGGUGGAGGUGGUGUCCAGAUCGACCCCGAGAUGCUUUUCAACAUGAUGAAUGGUAUGGGUGGCGGCGGCGGUGGAGGAGGCGGUGGAUUCAGAUUCGCUGGCGCUGGCGGUGGAGGUGGUGGUGGUCGAGGCGGCUUCUCACCUUUUGGCUGA